UCAAUUCAUACCCGAUCGUGUCGUCGUGUCGUGUCAUAUAAAAGCCACUUAAUAGUACCCCCACUGUAUCGUGAGGUCGGUCAGUCAGUCGCAGGCCAUCUGCGGAACACUACACUAUAACCACACAGAAUGCGUUGGCUUGGCACCCUAGCGGCGGCCACGGUGCUGCAGCUGGCCUGGUGCGCGGAGUACCUGCUGCCUGGCUCCGUGGUGCCUCUGCACUACGACCUGAAGUACGCCUUCGACAUAGAUCCGAACACCAACUUCAGUUUCUAUGGCGUCGUUGAUAUUUUGCUCAACGUAAAAAAACAGACAUCAAAGAUAGUACUCCACGCCAAAGAUUUCACUGUUUCCGAAGAUGGCAUUAGCAUCAUGGGUUCUCAACUCUACAAGGUUGUGGGGACCAAGAUCAAUGACACCUAUAACUUGAUGACGAUAAACCUGGAUGGUCAGCUGGUGGAGGCUGAGAACUAUACGUUGACGAUACCGUUCUAUGGACACCUGAAGCCGGGGUUAGAUGGGGUCUACAUUAGUACUUAUGUCAAUAAGCAGACCAGUGAGAAAGAGUACCUAAUAGCGACACAGUUCGAAGCGAUAUCGGCCCGCAAAGGGUUCCCGUGCUUCGACGAGCCCAUGUACAAGGCUACGUACACCAUCACCAUAGGACAUCAUAAGGACUUCACCGCUAUAUCUAACAUGCCUCUGGAAAGGGCAUCUGAGGAGAGUGCAAUCGCAGACACCUGGUCAUGGAAUGAAAUUGAGAAUGCUUUUAAAAAGCCAAAGUCCGAUUUCAUGUGGGACACGUUCGAGAAGUCGGUGCCCAUGUCCACAUACCUGGUGGCCUUCGUGGUCUCCAAGUUCUCGUACGUGCAGAGUCCUGCUGAACUGUCCACUACCAAGUUCAGGAUAUGGGCCAGGAAUGACGCUAUGGAUCAGACUGCCUACGCCUCAAUAACCGGUCCCAAAGCGUUAUCCUACUUCGAGGAGUGGUUCAACGUGUCCUACCCGCUGCCGAAGCAGGACAUGAUAGCCAUCCCUGACUUCGCAGCCGGCGCCAUGGAGAACUGGGGCCUCAUCACCUACAGGGAGACGGAACUGUUGUAUGAUGAGAAGCAGUCUUCGUUCUUGAAUAAGGAGAGGGUUGCUGAGGUAAUAGCCCACGAGCUAGCCCACCAGUGGUUCGGCAACAUCGUCACCAUGAAGUGGUGGUCAGAUCUGUGGCUGAACGAGGGCUUCGCGACCUUCGCAGCCUCCGUAGCUGUUAACCACGUGGAGCCCACCUGGUCGGCAGACAAGAGUUACGCGGCUGAUAAUAUGCUGUCUGUGUUGAAUCUUGAUGCUUUGGAGUCUUCGCAUCCUGUGUCAGUCCCUAUCGAUGACCCGAAGCGUAUCUCUGAGAUCUUCGACGAGAUCUCGUACAGGAAGGGCUCCACGCUCAUCCGCAUGAUGACCAUGUUCCUUGGUAACGAGAUCUUCAGGAAGGCUAUUAAUAACUAUCUCCGCAAGUAUUCAUACAACAAUGCAGCCCAAGAUGACCUGUGGCGUGAACUGACGGCCGUCAGCGAGCAGUACGGGGUGCUGCCCAGGAACGUCUCCGUCAAGGAUAUCAUGGACACCUGGACCACACAGACUGGGUACCCCAUACUGACCGUCAACAGGGAUUAUGAGGAUAAGAGUCUAACUAUACAACAGCGGCGCUACUUCUCCCUUUCCGCCAAAUCAUCAACCCGUGUCUCGUGGUGGGUGCCACUCAGUGUACUAUGCGAGCCCGAGGCCCGGGGCAAAGCCCCCGCCCUGCAGUGGCUCGCCGACACCGAGGGGGGCGAAACCCUGCAGAGGUUCACCCACGCCUCUGAUAGAGACCAGUGGGUGCUCUUCAACUACGAUAUGAUCGCGCCGUACCGCGUGAACUACGACCCUCGCAACUGGCAGCUGCUCACCGCCGCGCUCAAGUCUCCCGACUACAGCCACGUGCCCGUCAUGGGCAGGGUUCAGCUCCUGUCUGAUGCAUUCGCGUUAGCAUGGACUAACCAUCUGGAUUACAAUACUGCGCUCAACCUUGCCAGUUAUCUUCAACGCGAAAAGGAAUACCUGCCUCUCUCCACGGGUCUCAAAGCUCUGGCCAAGAUCGAGAACGUUCUGAAACGCACUCCCGACUACGGCGCCUUCCAGAAGUUCGUGCGGAAACUGAUAGGGGAGACGUAUGAGAGAGCUGGAGGAAUGGCCGCUAAGAAGAUUCUUAAUGCUAAGGAUUUGAACAGUGUUAAGAUGCAGGUAACAACAAGUGCCUGGGCAUGUCGCAUGAAGGUGCCGGGCUGUGAGGAGAACGCCAUGCAGCUGUUCCAACAGUGGAUGGACACCGAGAACCCCGAUGAGAAUAACCCCAUCCCGCUGGACCUGCGUCGCACAGUAUACUGCGUGGGCGUGGGUCGCGGGUCGGUGCUGGCGUGGCGCUUCGCGCUCGCGCGGGAGCAGCGCGCCAACGUGGCGGCCGCCAGGGAUGCCCUGCUGCAGGCCCUCACCUGUACCAGGGAGAUAUGGAUACUGGCGCAAUACCUAGAGUGGACGAUCACGGAAGGCUCGGAAGUGCGUCGCCAGGACGCGGGUGCCGUCAUCGCGAACAUCAUCCGCUCGCCUGUAGGAUACUAUGUAGCUAAGGACUUUGUGUACGAGAGGAUCGACGAUAUUUAUAAUGCGUUCAAGGGUCAAGCUCGCCGUAUAGGACACAUCAUUAAGAUUCUUUUGGAUCAGUUCACAACGCAGUCUGAACUCGAUAACUUCCUAUCAUGGCGCGACAAAAACGCCAAGUACCUCGCGGAGUCGAAGCUGAGCGUGGAACAAGCCAUCGAGAAGGCGCAGGUGAACAUCAACUGGAUCUCCAAGAACAGGCGAGCCGUCGUCGACAAGCUGCGGGAGUUCUCCACACAAGACGAGAAGGACCGAGCGCUGCGGCUGACGCAGAGCGCCGCUCCUGCCGCGCCCGCGCACGCGGCUCUGGUGGCCGGCGCCGCGCUAUACUUGUAUAUUGUAUGAGAACAUAUCUGUUUAUAUCGUG